AUGGACUCUAUUGUUGAAGCAAACACCAAAUUUUGCUUUGAUCUUUUCCAAGAGAUAAGCAAAGAUGAUUGUCAUAAAAAUAUCUUUUUCUGUCCUCUGAGCCUCUCGGCUGCCCUUGGCAUGGUCCGCCUGGGGGCUAGAAGUGACAGUGCACAUCAGAUUGAUGAGGUAUUACACUUCAAUGAAUUUUCCUGGAAUGAAAGCAAACAACCUGAUCCCUGUCUGAAAAGCAACAAACAAGAAUUGCUGGCUGACAGCUCCCUGGAAGGACAGAAAAAAGUGACAGGUUCUCUGAAUCAGCAGGCUGAGUCCUCAAAUGAUGAGAGUGGACUGCUCAGCUGCUACUUCGGGCAGCUUCUCUCCAAAUUAGACAGGAUCAAAACUGAUUACACCCUGAGUAUUGCCAGCAGGCUUUAUGGAGAGCAGGAGUUCCCAAUCUGCCCGGAAUACAUAGAUGGUGUGAUUCAAUUUUACCACACAACAAUUGAAAGUAUUGAUUUCCGGAAAGACACUGAAAAGUCCAGACAAAAGAUUAACUUCUGGGUUGAAUGUCAAUCCCAAGGUAAAAUCAAGGAACUCUUCAGCAAGGACACCAUUAACAAUGCGACUGUACUGGUACUGGUGAAUGCUGUUUACUUCAAGGCCAAAUGGGAAAAACAUUUUGACUGUCAAAACACAGUUGAUGCACCUUUCUUUCUAAAUGAGCAUGAAAAGAAGAGUGUGAAGAUGAUGACUCAGAAAGGUCAAUUUAGAAUUGGCUUCGUAGAGGAGCUGAAGAUGCAGAUCCUUGAAAUGAGAUAUACCAAGGGGAAGCUCAGCAUGUUUGUCCUGCUGCCUUCUCGCUCUGCAGAUAAUGUGAAGGGCCUGGAAGAGCUUGAAAGGAAAAUUACCUAUGAAAAAAUACAGGCCUGGAGCAGCUCAGAAAAUUUGUCAGAAGAAAUGGUUGCGCUCUCCUUCCCCCAGUUCACCUUGGAAGACAGCUAUGAUCUCAAUUCUAUUCUACAAAACAUGGGCAUUAUGGACAUCUUUGAUGAAAUGAAGGCUGAUCUUACUGGAAUCUCUCCAAGUCCCAAUUUGUAUUUGUCAAAAGUGAUCCACAAGACUGUUGUAGAGGUGGAUGAAAAUGGCACGCAGGCUGUGGCCACCAGCGGGGCUGUUGGCAUGGGCAGGUCAAUGCAGUCCUGGGUGGAGUUUAAUGCCGACCACCCGUUCCUCUUUUUCAUCAGACACAACAAAACCCAAACCAUUCUCUUCUAUGGCAGGGUCUGCUCUCCUUGA